GCGAGAGCAGCCUGGCAACGAUGCGUCGUUCUCGGCGAAUUUAGAACUGGCGCAGACACGCUGCAGGCUAGAAGGAGAAUCGUGAAUCGGGCGGAUGAUAGACGGUGUUGACGCGUGUUUGGCCGCCAUGCUAGCCGGAAGGAGUUCAGUUCAGGCGGAUGCGCGACGCCUGCUCUUCCACCGCGACGCCCUCCGUCGCUGGCGUCCAGCUGCCCGGCCCCGUCCAACUCCCCACCGUCCUUGCUUAUGAGCGUCAUGAACUCCCCCGACAUCCACUCUCGAGAGGACCACCUCCGCCACCUCCUCGACCAGCGUGCUGCCCGCGCUGACCUACAUGGCCGGUUCCCCUCCCUGUCCGAGUUCUCUGACUCUCCCUCUGUUUAUAGCCGCCCCUAUUUCUCCCCCAGGCCUAACGGCACUCCAGCCGACGCCAGUGCGGGCACCUACGAGUUCGUUCUCCCACCGCGGGGUCCACCAUCCGAGCCUCGCUCCCCCAUGUUCGACAGGGAGCGGCUCAACUUCCCGAAUGCAAGCUGUCUCGAUCUCGACGACGACUCGCAAUGCUCAUCCAACGGUCCCCCGCAGGACGACGAUGGGUCUCCUGUGUCAAGCGAGGAGGAGCUGCCUAGGAUAAGCACGUAUGGUCCCAAGAUGACCGUCCACUCUCGCGCACCCUGGGAGCUUGGUGAAGAUGACACAUCGGGGCAGGAUGAGCUCCGCUCGUCAGGCUCAAGCAAGAAACGCCCCGGAAAUAAGAAAGAUGGGGGCAAGCGGGUGUGGGCUUUGGGAAAAUCAAGCACCGACAGGCAGAGCGAAAAGAGACCGAGCACCGACUCGAAUCGGUCGAAGCCGUCUAUGGAAUCAGGGAAUGGCAGCGCUCUCCUCGCCUUGGCCCAGGCGUCGAUGUCUUCUACGUCGCUCGCCGUUAGCUCUCCACAGCCCACGCUACGUGACAAGCUGUCGCUCUCGCGGCUGCGACCCAGGACUCCGUCGAGUGCCCAUCCUACCACGCUAGAUCCUAUUGACACCAGACCCUCUCCGUUCCCUACACAAUCACCGGCAUCUCCGAUGUCUCGCUAUGUGCAUACGGCUUCCCCGACACCGAUAUCUCCCCUGGAGUCGUCGUUUGACCAGCCUACCUCUCGUUCGCCGACUCCCAGCUCCUACGGCGAGUACACGCAUCCCUACGCAAAUCCAGAUCUAGUCCGCCGCACGUACGACAAACCGAAGUCGAUCUCGUCGCCAAAAUCUAUUAUCCAGCCGCCUCUUCCCAGUCCAACGUCUCUCGUCAACAGAAGCGACUCGAAUGCGACGCUCACGGAAAGCACAGCGAACAGCAGCAUGUUUCAGUCGCGAUCCAAUACUACCGUAUUGCUGACCCCUGUCACUUCUCUGUCUUCCGUCGAAGCGGGACCUAAAGACCUUUCGCCCCUCAACCCCCGUGGCAAAGGUAUUUCGGGACCUGUGCUUGUCAACAAACCGUCAUUUUCGUCGCUGUCGGUGAUGAAUGGCAUUGGCGGUGGCGCGCCCCAUGCCCAAGGCCCGGCUAGUCCUAGAAUGAAGCCCAAUGACAAGCUGGUCAACAAUUCGGCAUUCAUGGGCUUUGGAGAGAGCCCUGCAGGCUCGUCCAUCAAGCUCAUAUCCUUGGAGCAGGCGCAGGCACAGGCGCGAGAGCGCGCAAGAAGUGCCACUACCAAUCCGGUCAUCUCGAGCGAUUACACGGCUCCGAAGUCACAGGCGACGUCGUUUGACCAGGAGUUCGAAGCCCAGGCUUCGGGUUCGAGGACGCGGUCCGCAAGCACCGGUGGGAGGGCUCGGACGGAAUCAAGCCAACGGCCGCCUCUCCCUGGGCACACGCCUUCCCAGGGGAGUGUACCGCAGAGGUCUGUUCAACGCAAGAAGAGCGGAUUCAUGAGGUUGUUCAAUGGGAAGGAGAAGGAGAGGGGCAUGUACUCCCCGCCGCCACCGGUUCCUGCGUUGGCGUCCGACGUUGCGUCUAUAUCGUCCCAGUCGCAGUAUCAGUCGGGGACCAGGCAGCGCAAGGGAUCGACCCAUCGUGUCCCAGUUCCUUCGCUCUCUCCUUCGCUGUUGGAUGGCGACGCUGCUACUGGCGGUUCAAGAAGCUCGUCUGAGUCGCAUAACGGCUCGCCGACGAGCAAAGAAUCACUGGUUUCGAGGGAGCGCCAGCUCGGUAGUAGGCGUAACGCGCGGGGCUUGUCGAUUAACACGUCGGGUCAUCCCUCCAAGCUUUCUGCUCCCCAGUCGGCGAUGAGCGAGAAGACAUCCUCGCAUGGGCAUACCAUCACCAUCACGCCGACCGCGAGUGAUUCGUUCUCCAGCGUCGCUGCAGGCACGCUACCACCCAGCAGCGCCCCGCCGGGGUCUUCCGACUUCGUCGGGUUGAGCCUCCGUCCUGUCUCCACCCUUUUCAGCAAUAACUUUGGUGAGCAGCUCGUCAGUCCUGUCACGAUGGACUCGGAUAUGGGCACACCUACUACGGCCGCAACGGCCAUAUCUCCGCUCAGCACGGAGUUCCCGCUGCAGCUCCAGGGUUAUGCGGGGCUUCAGGAGGACGGCAAGUCCGCGCCCAUGAUCUCUCAGGACGACCAGUCCUCCAUGGUCGAUGCGUUGCAGGAUCAGAUCCUCGUUGCGCGUCGCGCGUGGCAGAGGCAGAUCUGGGAGCUCGAGGGACAGGUGCGCGACCUCAAGGCCGAGGUGGAGGAGCUUCGCAUGACGGAAAACUCGGCUCCGUACUGCUCCGCAUGCGGGAGGGGCAACCUGGGUCGCCCUAAUGCCGACAACGUUGGGUAUGUCGACGACUUGAGGAAGGCCGGUGUCAAGGUUGGUGUAGUCAACCGCCCACGGGCUCGCACGGGCGUCGGCUCUCGCUUCGCCAGCGGCACGUAGACCUGGCCCGCUCGACGGAUCUCUAUUUACGGAUGGCCGACCGCGUUGGUGCUUUCCCGCUCUUUCUCCCGUCCCGCCGCUCGCAGUCUCAUUGUACAACAGGUAGUGUAGAACACAUCCGGACUUUUUAU